AUGCUGCAGGCGGUGGUGCGGCUGGUCAGGCCCCGCGCCAUGCAGUGGCCCCCGCACAUCUGGACGGGCGAACCCAACUGGCUGGACGCGUCGCAGCUCGACGCGCCGGGGUUCUGGUCCGAGGCGCUGAAAGCGGCAAGCGCCUCCGGCGGCGCCAGCAUGGGCAUGCUGCGCGUGCUGGGCGAGCGCGUCGCGCCGCUGGGCGCACUGUGGCGGCUGCUGUAUGCGGCCGUGGCAGGGCCCCAGGCGGACCCGCCGCCGCUGGGGCCAGCGUUGCUUGGCUACCACAGGCGGAGCGCUGGUGAGCUGGCGCAGCUCUCGCCGCCGCCUGACGCAUACUUUGAGCGCGUGGUGGGGCUUGUGGAGGAGCUCGUAUUUGAGCAGCGGCAGCGGGCGGAGCAGCAGCUGGGGCAACAUGUAGGAGGGCAGGCACAGGAGCGCAAGGCGCACGAGCAGCCCCAGCAGCAUCACCAGCAGCCGGAAGCGCCGCAGCUGCCUGGGCGGCAGCCAGCCGCCGGCUGCGCCGGCGGUACCGCGCCCUACCAGGGUGUGGCUGCGGCGCAGCUGGCUUUCAUCGUUCGAGGGGGCCUGCAGCUGUUGGCUGCCAGGUUCCAAACGGCAGCCCAGAGGGGCGAGUGGCUCCGCGCCGCCCCAUCGUGGGCUGAGGCUCUGAAUGCACGGCUGCGGGCACUGGCGCUGGAGGGGACGGAGGCAGAGGGCGGCGCAACGGCCGCCGACGCCGCUGUGGACGCUGCCCGCUGGGGCAUCGCGACGGCAGCGGCGCGGGCGGACCGCGUGGAGUUGAAGGCGGCCCUGCGCGAGUGGAGGCGCGCCAGCGGUGCGGCGCCGUGCGCGCCGCCGCCGCGCGUGCGGCGCCAGCGCGCGAUGCUCUCGGCGGCGCAGCUGCUGGAGUGCGUGUUGGCGGCGCUCGCAACCGGUCACACAGGCCGCGUCGAAGCGCUGCUGGCGCUCGCAGGCCGCAUCGGCGUUGAUUGGUGCACGCUGCCUGACCCCGACUGCUCUGCCCUUGGGCCCGUGCUCCCGGGAGCCUUUCUAGGCGCCUCGCCGCCCAUCCGCUGCGCCGGCUGGCUGCUGGGCGCCAAGGAAUGGCAUGAGUGGCCGUUGAACAGCGUGCUGUGGGCAGUCAACAGCGGCUGGCUGCCGCUGCAGACCUUUGUGCGGCUCUUAGGACAGCGCGACUUGCCCCCUGGCGACUGGGGCCCCGGCCUGGCCCUGGCCGGCAGCCGGCGCGUCGUGGAGCUGUCAGAGCCGCUGCUGCCAGCGGUGCGCCUAUGGGUGCUCGCCAAGUCGCUGCUCCUCUGGGCGGUGCGGCAGCCGCACGGGGCCGGCGGCCGCACACCGGCGCGAGGCGGCGUCAAAGUCGGCGGCGAAAGCGGCGAAAGCGGCGGCGGCGGCUGCCGCGGCUUUGACGAAGGCGGCCGCGACACACCGUUGGGGCUGUUUGAGUUGGCCGAGUUGCUCCAGGACGCGGGGCACGUCUCACACGUGCAGAGGCACGACUUGUUCUUCGAGUGGCGCAAUCGGCAGCGGCAGCCCCAUGGCCACCAAGCGCGCCAGGUGGCCGAGGAGUUUGGGCUGUGGGUGCGGCGCCACCCUCUGCGCGGAGCACCCGCGGCGGCGGCGCCCGCAGGCGGCGAGGCGGGCGGCGGCGGCGGCGGCGAGGCGGGCGGCUGGAGGGAUGAGGAGAGCGGCGGGGUUCCCGGCAGCGGCUGCUUGGUCCCCAUCAGCAGCGAGCAUCUGACCGACCCUGCGCCAGCGGAUGUUGUGUGCAGCUUAGACCCCGCGAUUUUUGUCAUGCCAGGCCCCGACGCCCCUGCGGCCGCCCGUGCGGCCGCGCUCCGCGCCGCGGCAGCGUGGCUGCGUGGCGCCCUCACGCGUGAGGCGGCGCUCUGUGAAGCCAUGCGGGCCGAGGCCAGGGCAAGCGUGGCGCGCAUGCCGCCCGGGAUUCCAGCUCGGUGCGCGUGGCUGGCGCCGCAGGAGCACUGGGAGCUGCUGCUCGCUGCGGCGCAGCGCCGCGACAUCAAAACGCUGACCUUGCUCUCGGAACUCGGCCAGCCGGCCGACACCUCUAUCGCCUCGGCGGCGGCCUCCAACGCGCUCGCCGCCGCAGCAGCAGCAGGCGCGCUCGACCUGCUGCCGGGGCUGCUGGCGCCCCUGGUUGCCGCCGCCGAGGCAGAGCGCGCCGGCGGCGGCGAGCAAGGCGCGGCGCAGGGUGCGCUGCUGCGAGCGGUACGGCAUGCGCGCCCGCUCACGGCCGCGCGGGACGACGCGCCGAUCGACGAGGUGGUAGAGGCUGCACUCCUGCUGCUGCGCGCCGCAGAGCACGCAGGCAGCGCGGAGGGCGAGCGCGUGCUGGCGGUCGACUGGCUGGGGCCAGAGGCGCCGCGCCCCCCCACGUUGCCGCCGUCCGCGCACUUGGCGCUGCGCGCGCCGGCGGGCGCCGGCGGCGCCGUCGCGGCGCGCGUCAAGGCGCUGCUGCUGCGCAUGUGGCGCGACAGGCUGGAGGCGGGCGAGGGCGCGUCGCCGCUGCCGCCGCCGUUUGGCGCAAGGUGGGCGCGCAAGGCGACGUUCAAGCUGGUGGCCAACGCGGGCAGUGGCGGGGACGCGGAUCUGAUGUUCGCCGCAGUGCAGUGGGCGCGGCAACUGAAUGAGUGGCGGGCGGCGGGGCCGGGCGGGGCCGGCGGGGAAGGCGGGGCUGGCGGGGUUGGCGCAUAG